CAUUUUGGAGUGCUCAGUGGUGAGGCGUGUCAUCAGUUCAUCACAGGAAAAGUGCUGGAGGCAGGAGAUAAACAUUACCACCCCAGCUGCGCCAGAUGCAGCAGGUGCAAUCAGAUGUUCACUGAAGGAGAAGAGAUGUACCUGCAAGGAUCAACGGUGUGGCAUCCUGGCUGCAAGAACACAACAAGGACAGAGGAGAGACACAUGGAGAGGCCUACUAGGUCGUCAUCUGAGAGUAUUUCUUCCAGACCUGGUUCAAGCAUACCUGGAUCACCGGGUCACACAAUCUAUGCAAAAGUAGACAAUGAGAUUCUUGAUUACAGAGACCUAGCUGCCAUUCCAAAAGUCAAAGCCAUUUAUGACAUUGAGCGCCCCGAUCUUAUUACCUAUGAGCCUAUGUACACCACCUCCCAGGAGGAGAGAGAGGAGAGACGAGAGAGUGUAGGAGAGCUUCUCAAUGCCAGGAGGGACCGCUCACCCUUGCCUGACGACAAGUCGUUCAGAACCAUGUCACCAACUCUAUCCAAUGAGGGAUGUUAUGACAAGCGAGAACGCAUCCUCCAAAGGUCCACCAGUCAAGGCUCUAUAGGUUCGCCGGUUUACAAUCGCCAUGGUUACACCCCCACUCUGUCACGGUCGCCGCAGCACUUUCACAGGCCAGAAGCUCUGACAGGCAUGCAGAAACUCUGCUCCUCCUUGUGCAGUAACAGUGUGGGCUCCAGAAAUAAUGACUCCCGCCCCACCUCCCCUUUCAGACACCACUUCCUUCCCCAUAGCCAAGGCACUGACCCACCAAGCGGCCGGAGCUCCCCUCUCCCGCUUAGGCCCGACAGCCGGCCGGGCACCCCGCCUCUCUCUCAGACCCCUAAACAUUUUCACCUCCCAGAUCAGGGCAGCAACAUUUACAGAAAACCACCCAUCUACAAACAAUACGGUUCAGAAGGCAGAAGACGAUCAAGAGAAGAAGAGGAGGAGGAGACAUUGAAACGAAAGCAGCUUCAGGAAGAACAUCUCAACAAGAUUCAGUCUGGUUUGGGAAAGCUAAUUCUAAGGGAGGAGAUGGAAAAAGAUCAGAUUAGGGAGCGUCACGCGAGGAGUCUCUCUGCUCAGCGCUACGACCCCAAGCAGAAUAAUGGAGAUGCGGAUCCAACUUCUCCAAGCAAAACAAACUCUUUGCCUGGCUAUGGAAGGAAUGGUCUACAUCGGCCCCAGUCAACAGACUUCACACAGUACAACAGCUACGGUGACAUGUGUGGAGGAAGCAGAGAGUUUCAGCACAUUAAGGAUGGCCGUGCAGCACUUGCAAGGAUGGACAGGGGAGUAUCUAUGCCUAAUAUGUUGGAGCCCAAAGUGUAUCCCUAUGAAAUGCUCAUGAUUACCAGUAGAGGGAGAGCUAGACUGCCCAGAGAUGUGGACAGAACCAGACUGGAGCGCCACUUAGCACCCGAAACCUUCUUUGACAUCUUUGGAAUGGAGAUCCAGGAGUUUGACAGGCUUCCCCUGUGGAAACGCAACGACAUGAAAAAGAAGGCCAAGCUCUUCUAGCGGCAUGCUUCAUACCCACAAGACAACAACAAUUAUCUACACAUGUUAGGCUUUGCUUUGUUACCUUUUCUUCUGUCUUUUUUUUUUUUAACUUCUGACAUGAUCAAGAGGUUCGACUUGCACAUAAAUGCAAAUUGGUCUCAUGUUCAACAAUGACACACAAUGAAAGAUAAACAGGAUCAUAUAUUUAUGUUGAUGCUGCUUUUUUCUUCUUCUUUUUGCUGGAAUCGCUUCGAUCUCUUUUAUGCUUGUUUCUUCCUGCAAUUUAUUGAUUUGACUCCUGUGGAUAUUUGUAAGUGCAGUAGAACCUACAGCCUUGUAGUCUUGAACAUAUGUCUGCUUUCCUUUGCUUGGACUGGAAUAGAUUCAGUCCAAAGUUUGCAUCGAUCGGCUCAGUGAGUCUUUGAAUAUUAUAUUCAAAAUACAAAAUAAAAAACACGCACACCGACACUGGGAAGGCAGUCACCUGACUCAAAAACAGUUUACUGCAUCUAAUGAACAAUCCAAGCAUCUUCACUAAGACUGUACAUGUAGGGCCUGAUUUACUUAAGGUAUGUGUGUACUUAAAACACGUGCAAACUUAAUAGCACAAGCAAAGCUGAUCUACGAGAUGUGUGCAAAGUGAAUUGCGUGUGUUAAGUGAGCAAAAGAAUAUAUGCUGAGCAUUAAAACACCCACAAUACUGGGAGGAGAAGAGACAAAUACAAUUAUUUAGCACACGCAAUGUGAUUUAUCAACACUCAUCACCGUUUUGUGAACACUAUUUUGUGUUUUAUUCAGCACAUGUCAGAAGGACGUGCAAACUGAUCAGUUGGCUGCAGGAUCAGUGCUCAGGCGAUAGACGGACUAGAACCCUGUAUACAUCCUACAUGUGUCAACAUUUUGUCCUUUCAGCAACAAUUUUAUAGCUGCUAGAGGACAUAAGGCCUGCUCAGUGGCCUUGUGGUUAUAGUGUCCGCCCUGAGAUCGGUGGGUUUGUGAGUUCAAACCCUGGCCGAGUUAUACCAAACACUAUAAAAAUGGGACCCAUUACCUCCCUGCUUGGCACUCAGCAUCAAUGGUUUGAAUUGGGGGUGAAAUCACCGAAAUGAUUCCCGAGCGUGGCCGCCGCUGCUGCUCACUGAGCAGAAGGGGAUGGGUCAAAUGCAGAAGGUAAUUUCACCACACCUAGUGUGUGUGUGACUGUCAGUGGUACUUUAACUUUAUAACUUAAGGGGCUGAUUAUGUGUUUUGGUGUCAUUUAAUUUUUUCUUUUAAUGACAUUCAUCCAUUUUCUACCGCUUGUCCCUUUUAGGGUUGCGGGGGGUUGCUGGGGCCUUUCUCAGCUGCAUUCGGGCAGAAGGCAAAUCGACACCUCAUCGCAUGGCCAACACAUACAGACAGACAACAUUCAUAUACAUAUUGUUAAAAUAUUUCUUAUACAAAAAACAACUUCUUGAAGUAUGCAUUUUUUUGAAGGUCUGGAGUGGAAUAUUUGCUGCCUUUCUCCAACGAGCCCACUUUUGGCAAAAAAAAUACUAAAAGAAAAGUGGUGCCAAUGUAGAUGCACUUCACAGCUGCUUCUAAAAUGCCCAUAAAAAGUGGUAGAUGUUUUCUGCAUGUUUAAAAAUAUAACAAAACGCCGCAGGUGAAAGCAUAAUGACGUGAAUGUGCAGUAAAUGAGAGUGACUCUGUCGUGAUGCCCCGUAUAGUACACGCAAAAUCAUUUUUGAAUGCACAAGCAGUCUUAGCAAUUCGCAAGCAACACGCCCACUAAUAGUACACACUAUUUUAUAGAUUGCACACGCCCUUUACCGCGUGGUAUUUGGAUCUUAGUAAAUCAGGCCCACGGUGUCACUCUUCUCAGGCUUUCUCCAACACUUACCAAUUACUCUUUACAUGUAUUAGAAGUAUAACUCAAAACAUUUCAAUGCCAUACCCAAUAUAUGUACAGUAACAGGCAAAUCGAUACUACAGCUCAUGUACGCCCACCUGUAUUUGAAAGAAAUGUUUUAUAAAUGAAAAGCCACACUGCCGUUUGUUGUAUGGAAAAGUAAGCCAAUAAAGCUUUAAACACCACAAACCAUA